UUAGCUGCUCAGGUUUCUCACGUUGCUGUGGGGUAGGGAGGGGGGAAAAGUUUUCUGGAGGAGGGAGCGAGUUUUGGAGCGCGUAGAAAUCUCGGAGUGCAACUUUGUAGCCCUCGGAGGCUCUGUCUGCUUUUUCUUGCCAGCAGUCCGGAGGCAUGAACGGAGUUCGUUGUUUGGAAUAAAAGAAGAAAGUGUGAGUGAGUGGGGGGCGUGCGUGUGGAUUGUCAAGGGCGCAGGAGUUGUUGCUGAGUCCGUGGCGUGCGUGUGUGCGUGUGCUUGUGCUUGUGUGUGUGUUAGUGUGAUUGUGGGGCGGGGGCUGUUGAAGCUCCGGGCCAAGCGGCACAGGGAGCCCCCGCGAUGGGCCACUCGAGGCUCCGUGCUGCCGCCGCGUUGGAGAUGGGACUGCUGCUCCCCACUCUGUUGGGCUUUGUGGGUUCAGUCAUGGGGCAGAGCAGCAGCAGCCAGAGGGGCGGCGGGCACCCACCCGCGGGUGUCUACACUUCCCCGCCAUGCCCUGCUCCCUGCCGAUGCCUACGGGACCUGCUGGACUGCAGCCGCAAGAGACUGACUGGGCUCCCGGAGCCUCUGCCGCCAUGGGUAGUGCAGCUGGACUUAAGUCACAACAAGUUGUCUUUAAUCAAAGCAAGUUCUCUGAGUCACCUCCAUAGACUUCAAGAAGUGAAACUGAAUUACAAUGAAUUUGAGACCAUACCUAAUCUGGGACCCGCAGCAGCGAAUAUCACCCUUCUAUCUCUGGCCAAUAAUAAAAUUACUGAAAUUUUACCUGAACAACUAAAACCAUUUCAAUCACUGGAAACAUUAGAUCUGAGUAGCAACAAUAUUUCAGAGCUCAAAACUACAUUUCCUGCUUUACAGCUCAAAUACCUGUAUAUAAAUAGCAACCCAAUCAGAUCCAUGGAAGCUGGUUUCUUUGACAAUUUGGCUAACACUCUUCAAGUACUGAAACUGAACAGGAACAAAAUCUCAACUAUUCCCCCAAAGAUGUUUAAACUGCCCCAUCUGCAACAUCUGGAGCUGAAUCGAAAUAAGAUUAAAAAAGUAGAUGGACUCACCUUUCAGGGACUUGGUUCUCUGAAAUCACUGAAAAUGCAAAGAAAUGGGAUAAACAGACUUAUGGAUGGAGCUUUCUGGGGACUUAGCAACAUGGAGAUCUUGCAGUUGGACCAUAACAACCUAACAGAGAUCACCAAAGGCUGGCUUUAUGGCUUGCUGAUGUUGCAAGAGCUCCAUCUCAGCCAAAAUGCCAUUCACAGGAUCAGCUCUGAUGCCUGGGAAUUCUGCCAGAAACUCAGUGAGCUUGACCUGACUUUCAAUCACUUAGCAAGGUUAGAUGAUUCAAGUUUCGUUGGCUUAAGCUUACUAAAUACUCUCCACAUUGGAAACAACAAAGUCAGCUACAUUGCUGAUUGUGCCUUCCGGGGGCUUUCCAGUUUACAGACAUUGGAUCUAAAAAACAAUGAAAUCUCAUGGACCAUUGAAGAUAUGAAUGGUGCUUUCUCAGGACUUGACAAACUUCGUAGGCUAGUACUCCAGGGAAAUCGGAUUAGAUCUAUUACAAAAAAAGCAUUUUCUGGCUUAGAUGCACUGGAACACCUAGACCUGAGCAACAAUGCAAUCAUGUCCUUGCAAGGAAACACAUUUUCACAAAUGAAGAAACUUCAAGAAUUGCAUUUAAAUACAUCGAGUCUUCUGUGUGAUUGCCAGUUAAAGUGGCUUCCACAGUGGGUGGCAGAAAACAACUUUCAGGAUUCAGUUAAUGCCAGUUGUGCCCAUCCUCAGCAGCUAAAAGGAAGAAGUAUUUUUGCUGUGAGUCCAGAUGGCUUUGUUUGUGAUGAUUUUCCUAAACCGCAGAUCACAGUCCAACCAGAGACCCAGUCAGCAAUAAAAGGUUCCAACUUGAGUUUUGUCUGCUCUGCUGCGAGCAGCAGUGACUCCCCAAUGACAUUUGCCUGGAAAAAAGAUAAUGAACUACUCCAUGAUGCUGAAAUGGAAAAUUAUGCACACCUCCGAGCUCAGGGAGGUGAAGUGAUGGAGUACACUACCAUACUUCGGCUGCGUAAUGUCCAAUUUACCACUGAAGGGAAAUACCAGUGUGUCAUUUCUAAUCACUUUGGUUCAUCAUACUCUGUCAAAGCCAAGCUAACUGUAAAUAUGCUUCCUUCAUUUACCAAGAUACCCAUGGACCUUACAGUUCGGGCAGGAGCAAUGGCCCGUUUAGAAUGUGCUGCCAUUGGCCACCCAGCACCACAGAUUGCUUGGCAAAAAGAUGGUGGCACAGACUUUCCAGCAGCUCGAGAAAGACGCAUGCAUGUUAUGCCAGAGGAUGAUGUAUUCUUUAUUGUGGAUGUGAAAAUAGAAGAUGUUGGUGUUUAUAGCUGUACUGCCCAAAAUAGUGCCGGGAGUAUAUCAGCAAAUGCAACAUUGACUGUUUUGGAAACUCCAUCAUUUCUGCGACCAUUAUUGGAUCGAACUGUGACUAAAGGGGAGACCGCUGUCUUACAAUGCAUUGCUGGUGGUAGUCCCCCACCCAAGUUAAACUGGACUAAAGAUGACAGUCCUCUGAUUGUAACAGAACGACAUUUUUUUGCUGCGGGAAAUCAGCUAUUGAUCAUCGUGGACACAGAUGUGGAAGAUGCUGGGAAGUACACUUGUGAAAUGUCUAACACACUUGGAACUGAAAGAGGGAAUGUUCGUCUUAGUGUAAUUCCCACUCCCACCUGUGAUUCUCCCCAGAAUGCUGCCCCAUCAUUAGAUGAUGAUGGAUGGGCCACCGUGGGAGUUGUGAUCAUAGCAGUGGUUUGCUGUGUGGUGGGCACUUCCUUAGUGUGGGUGGUCAUCAUAUACCACACAAGGAGGCGAAAUGAAGAUUGCAGCAUUACAAACACAGAUGAAACAAAUCUUCCAGCUGAUAUCCCAAGUUAUUUGUCAUCCCAGGGAACAUUAGCUGAAAGACAAGAUGGGUACGGCUCAUCAGAAAAUGGGAGCCAUCACCAAUUUAUCACUUCUUCAGGAGGUGGCUAUCUUUUACAACGUGACAAUAAUGGCACUUGUCAUAUGGAUAAUAGCAGUGAAACAGACAUGGAUGGUGUCACAGAUCCAUUCUUAUGCCACUAUCUGGGAACAACAGGCACUGUGUAUCUGAAGGGGACUGUCUAUGGCUCUGACUCUUUUGAUACUUACCGCCCAGGUUGUAGCCCAGACCCAAGAACUUCCUGCUUAGAUCAUUAUGAAUCUACUUACAUAAAGAAAAAAGAAUGCUACCCAUGUUCACAUCCAUCAGAGGAAUCCUGUGAGCAAGAUAUAAGUAGUGUUGGAAUGCCAUCUUCUAUGAGUAAAUAUAUCAACUCCAUCUACAUUCAAAAUGAAGGACCGGGGAUCAAAAGCUUGUCUCAGAACAAAAAUAUUGUGGAUUUUAAUGUAAUCCAAGAAUCAUCACCUACUGCAUCCAGUAAUGCUUUUAUGGGAACAUUUGGAAAGCCUCUUGGGAAGCCUCAACUGGAUGCUCUUUCAAGCUGUGGACAGCCAAAAGCUUUACAUAUGAACCCUCAUGAAUCUCAAGACUAUUAUUCUGAAUUGGAAGAAGAUGGGAGAGAGAGGACAAUUUUUCAAGGAGAAAAUCACAUGCAUACCUAUAAACAGGUCGUGGAAGGCUAUAGGACUCCUACUUUUCAGUCUUAUAACCUGGAUACAUAGCUGCACUGGUAUUAACUAUUGAGUGGAACCAAAGAAAUCUUUAAACAUACUACCUCAAGCAGACUUUUAUUUAAAAGAAAGAAAAUCCUAAGACUUUAAAGGAAACUGAAUUUUUAAAGGAUACCCCAAGAUGCCUAUUUAUACAAAUUCUAAAAACUGCCAAAAUGUUAUAAAAUUUUAUACAGGGAAUAACUUUCAUAUGAAAAUAUCAUUUUAAACUAUUUUAUAGCUUUGUUUUAUGCAGAAUUGUAUCUUUUGUAAAUUAAUGGUAUAAAUAUCAUGACUAUUUUAUGUAUUUUUAUAAUGCCAGAUUUCUUUUUUAUUGAAAAUGAAUACUAAACCCUUUAAAAAAAAUAGCACAGUGUUCUUCCUUCUUGGAAUGGAGGUGGCUCAAUUUUUUUUCCCCUCUAACGGGAGAUGUAAUUAAGUGUGGGUCUAUGUGUCCCAAAGUCCAUGCAGAUAUAGUUAUCAUAAAAAAUUUGGUUUUUAACUUAAAUCUUUAAAACGUCUUACCAAUUUUUAUCCAAAAUAUUUUCCAUCUCACAAAUGAAUGAAUAUUUGUUACAUUAAUGAGUCUCUAAAUGUACAUGAUCAAUGUUUAUUGAUGAAGGGUAUGUAUUAAAACAGCAGAAAUGGCCAAAAGCACUUUGGUAUUCCACCAAUACAUUUAUGCCACAGUUUAAGCUGUACCCCAAUACUUUGCAUUGUUCAAUUUUUUACUUUUUCAAAAGCACUUUUACAUUCAUCAUCCAUAUACCUUUGGAGAGGUGACAGUGGUCAUAUGUUGCAUUUCUUUCUCUUUUAUCCCCAUUUUAAAGAUGAGAUAACUGAGACAGAUUUGCCCAGGGCCAUACUCAAAAAUGUAUAAAACCAGAUUGGAAUUUUUAAUUCUCUUUUACUCCAGGCCCACUACUUUCUAUCACCCCUGUGUCAUCUAGUUCCCUUUCCUAAAUGAAUGUUAUCUAUUAAAUGAGUUGUUGUAUCUGGAUGAUUCUACAAUUGCACAUCCACCAAAGGAUUUUUCAUGGUUUCCUAGAAUUCUGAGGAGAAAUGUUGCUUAUAGAAUUCUUAUGCUGAAGACCAAAUACUAACUGUAAUACUUAAAACUAUCAGAAGAUUCAGUCAACAAAUCAAGGAAAGUGGUUUUUAAAAUACUUGGUUUCUAUUAAUGGGGCUGAUAUCAGGAAGACUCAUCUUUCUGAGUUCAAAUUUGGCCUCAACUAUUUAGUAUUUGUGUCACCCUGAUGAAGUCACUGACACUGUUUGCCUCAGUUUCUUCAUCUGUAAAAUGAACUAGAGAAGGAAAUGGCAAACACUUAAGAAAAUCUUAAAUGGUGUCAUGAAGAGUUAUACAUUACUGAACAACAAGUAUUUGGAUGUGGGAAUGGGAAAAGGCGACCACACAUGAAAAAUGAAUGUAAUUUUUUGUUUUACAAAAUAAAUUUCAAUAGGUGGAAAUGGUUAAAGGAAGCAACUUAUUAAAUUUGAUAAUUCCAAAACCCAUGAUUUUUGUUUUUAUUUGGUAAAUUCUUGGUGGUUUUUUUAAAGUUUAAAAAUCAAGCCUUUUGACAAAGAUCUAAUAAGAUUAAUUGCAAAAAAAAAAGUUACUAGUAUAGCACAUGCACAUUUUUGGGCCUUAGUACUUUGAAGGUGCAAAUUUAUAUACUUGUCAAGUUUUUUUGAAACUAAAUGGAAAGCAGCUGCUGGUCUAGUUCACAUCAUUACAAUUGCUUUUCAGAGGAAAAGUUGGAAAACAAAAGGCUUCCCUGCUGAAUAUAUCUGAAUUUUAUAACUUUGUUCUUUGUAAGCCAGAAACCUGGCACCCAGAUUGUAGUAUAACCUUCCCCUUUUUAUUUAGACACUAGAAUAGUAAGACAGGAAGUUGAUCCUUCCUUAACCCACCAGAGACCAAAUGCAGAGAAUGGAUUUUAUAUGCUUCAGCUUAUCAUAUUUCUAGAUUUCUAAAUAUUGCCAUUAAUUUGUCUUCAUUAUUUCCAGAUGUGAUGACAGAUAUUAGUAGGGGUAUUAUUCCAUGAGUAUGAAUUGCAUUGUGAAGUAUUAAUUCCAGAUUUAAACAAAAAUUUAAUUCUACAAAGCAUGAAAUUUAAAAAUUAGAUUUGUCCUCUAAAUCAAUACAAUUCUAACUCCUUGCUUACACAUUUUUAAACAUUUUAAUCAAUGAUAACACAGAGGAUCUAGAAUAAGAUUAGGAAAAUACAUUUGGCCUUGCUAUUUAUAAGAGUUUUAAUUUUAGAAGUUCAAAUGGAAUUAUUAAUCAGGAUUUUCCAUGUGAUCCAUGUGAACUGAAAGUAGAUUCCUAAAAUAUUAUGGGUGUUAGUUGUACACAUAUCAAGUAAAUUGACCGUUCAAUUUGAACCUUAUUGAGUAUAACUGGAAUAUUCUCAUUUAAAAAAAAAGUAUGUAUUUCACAUAAGAUCAAUUAAAUCACCUUGAUGGAUAUGUACACAUCCUUCACUUUGUUCUUUAUAUCAUAGGUCACAAUGAUGAGAAAAAAAGAAUUUCUCUAUUUUGGUACCAAAUCCACACUCAAAUUGGUGUACUUAUUAAUAAAGGUAAUCUUUCUGAUCACUUGAUUCGGAAUCACGAUACCUGUCUUUCAUGUGUAACUCUUGCCCAUGUCUUCUCAUAAGUUUACACAAGGAAAUCUACCCAAUAUUCUGAGGCAUUCCAUGUAUUCUCUCACUUGAAAAGGAUACAAUCAGGUAAUUUAUGUGUUAUCCCUUGCUUCCACCACAUGAUCAGCCCAUAAUUUUUGUCUGUGUGCUUCUUUGACAAAAUCCUUUUUACUAUUUCUCAGACUUAAUUCCUCAUUUGUAACGUAUUACAUGCAGCCUGCUGACACCCUCCUCGAGCCUUUCUAUUGCCUUUGAGUGCUUCUCAAUUUAAAUUAUUUCAAAACUAUAGAGAAACCUAUUUAGAGACAUGUAACACGAAUUACAGGUAAUGUAAUACCAGAAGAAUUUUGAUAUUUGAAAGAUGUGCCUUUGUCUCCGGGGAAAUUUUUGAGGUCAUUAAAAUAACUUUUCUGUUUCCCAAAAACAGUAAUAUAGCCUAUUUGCCUGCUCAACUCUGGGUUCUACUUAGUAUCUCUGUGUGGUUUUCUGCAUUAAGAUAUUCUUUGUACUGUAUAGGAAAACAUUACAUAGUACUAAUUUUAUCUGAU